AUGCUGCAGCAAACGCCCGGCCCGAAGCGCCACGGCCGCAAGGAGCUCGUGCAAUGGCUGAACGCGACGCUCGCGCUCGAGCUCCAAGCAGUAGAAGACACGCGCAACGGCGCCGUGGCAUGUCUGCUCCUCGAUCGCGCGCGGCCGGGCUCCAUCGAUCUCUCCAAGGUCGACUGGGCCGCGGACGCGCACGCGCCGGUGCUGCGCAACUACAAACUGCUGCAGGCGGGCCUCGCGCGCGCCAGGGUCGACCGCCCGGUCGACGUUGAUGGAUUGACGCGCGGGACGCACCGUGCGUGCCUCGAGUUCAUGCAGUGGUUCAAGCGCUUCAGCGACGCGACGCCGUGCCUCGACGCCUACGAUCCGGCGGAGGCGCGGCGGCGCUGCAAAGGCGGCACGCCCGCGCCGCCGCGGCCCCGCGCGCCCCGCGGGGCGCCGCCGCCACCGCCGCCACCGCCGAAGAAGAGUGCGGACCUGGAGGCCGUCGAGGCCGAGCGCGACCUCUACGUGACGAAGCUGCGCGACGUCGAGCGGCGCGUGCAGACGCGGCCCGCGGACGAGUCCGCGGCGGAGCUGGCGCUGGCCAUCACGCGGAUCCUGUACGACAACGGCUCGCCGGCAGCGCCGCCCGUGACGCCGACGCCCCGCGACUAG